CACGCCAACUGCAGUCCGCAUCAUGAGACGAUUCUUCCAAGCCGGCUUGUCGAUGUAGGCUCCUCCAACGCGGACGGCUGCCGACUGUAUCUUCCGUCUGAAAACGAAACCGGUCUCUAUAUCGCUCUCAGCCAUUGCUGGGGCGGCGUGACGCCUACACAGACAACGCAAGGCAACUUCGAAAGCUUCACGCAGCAAAUCCCAGAGCCGCUCCCGCAGACCUUCUCGGAUGCUGUGGCCGUCACGAGAGCCUUCGGCAUCCGUUAUCUCUGGAUCGACUCGUUGUGCAUCAUCCAGGACUCGCCUGAGGACUGGGCGCUGCACGCGCCGCUCAUGGCAAAGGUAUAUGGCGACGCAUGGGUGACCAUCUCGGCCGAUGCAGCCGCCGACAGCUUUGAGGGCUUUCUUCAGCACGCGGACCGGGGCCGUUUCCGAGCCGUGCGAAGUCGCCGCGGCAGUGCUGCAUGCAGCGAGCUUGCCAAACUGCUAGUCACGUUUUGCCGCUCCAGGAACUCGGUACCGGACAGCCGGCUUUCGACCCGCGGCUGGGUGUUCCAGGAGCGGGCCCUGGCACCACGAACGCUGCAUUUUGGUUCGGCCGAGGUGGGUUGGGAGUGCCGCUCGCUUAUCAACUGCGAGUGCUCG